AUGUAGAAAGAUAAAUUCUAUUCAAUUUAUAGAAACUCAUCUAAUGUACAAAAAAAUGUUACUAUUUAAGUUCAAGAUUUAACAUCAACAGAAAUCAAGUUAAUAGAUUCGUUAGAUAAAAUGUUCAUCAUAUUGAAAGAAUUGAUAAAAGCUAAAGGAGAUAACAUGGAAUAUAAAAAGUUAUAAAAUUGGGAAUUCUUAGUAAAAUGGUAUUAACAAAGCUCAGAACAAAAGCAUAAGUUAUAUGAUAAACAUUAGUGUGAUGAAUUGAAUUUAUUUAUUUACUUUAAGGAUUCAGCAUUUUUCGAAACUUACACAGAGAGUUAUAUAAGAAAUAAAAUAGAGAAAAGUUUUAUUGACUAUUUCUUAUUAAAAGAUGAUGAAAUGUUAAAAUAUUAUGGAUCAAUGUAAAAGAUUUCUUAUUUAAAUGCUUUAGAAUAAGCAUUAUUGGUAAUUUACUUUGCCGAAAUAUCAAAUUAAAUGGAAGAUGCAAAAUAAAUAGUAUCUUAUUUAGAAAAUAUGAAUAAAUAGAAUAUUAUUGAUUAAAAAUUAUUUAAGAAAUAUUUUGAUACUAUUUUGGGUGCUAAAAUAGAAGCUGAUGAGGAAAAAAUUUGA